UGCGGUGAAUGCGAACGCACUCCAUUGGAUGUAGUCGAAUAAGCCCCUCGUACGCUGGGCUCGACGCAGCCAAGUGCUGACAGCGCAUGAACGCAGCCACGCGAACGGUUCGGUGACAGCUGGCAAAGCAGGUCCAGCUCUCGUCCUCUUUCCUCGAGCGACGCUCGGCCAGAUCGGAUGUCAGUCCGCACUGGUCAUCCUCGGCAGACGAUUUCCCGGGCGGAAUCUGGUCUCACACAGUGAUGGUUUCAUUGCCGUUGGAAUUCUCGAUGGCCACCGGUCAAAAAAUCCUUCCAUUUGGUUUUCGGAUGCCCUAUUUUGACCAAACCACGUGGUUCGGAUAUAAUAGUAACUACGCAUUGCAUUUUGUGCUAAGUCUGUACGUGCUGAGUGAGGGCAUGGGCCCGGACAGCAUGUUCAUGGUGCUCAUGAUGAGCUCGUUUACGCAAAUUGAUUUGCUGAAAACUUCGCUCCAAGAGUUGAGCGAGAAAAUUAACAAAAAGGAGCUGAAUAUUGGGAACAGCUUAAAACACAUCAUCAACCGCCAUCAGGAGCAUCUGAGAUAUUUACAGACAAUUGAAGCAGUACAUCGGAUUUUUUACCUUGUUUCUUUCGUGAGUUUUGGAGCUCAUCUGGUGUUGUCUUUGUAUGCUGUUGUAAAACUUUCCUGGUACCAGGGAUUAGCCUUCAUGUUUUUCAUCAGCUAUGAACUUUUGUUCAGCUGCUUUAUGGGCACAUUGCUGGCUAUCAAGAGCGAACAACUACAGCGCGCAAUCUACGAUGUCCCGUGGCACAAGAUGUCCUCGGUCAACCAAAAGAAAAUCCGAUUCUUGCUGGAAGCAUCACAAAAGCCGUUGAGUUUGACGUUGAUUUUCUAUCGCAUCGACAUGCCCACGUUUUUGAAAAUGUACAAAACAAUCUACAGCAUCUUCACCAUGCUGUUGACCGUUCGUGAGGAUUAUGAUGAACAAUUGAGUUAGAAUUAUAAAUUUAAUUUA